GAGGCGUUUAACAGCAGAUAAGAUAUCAAAUAGUCAGUGCAUCAUCUUGAAGUAUAACAAGUAUUGGACUAGUACCAUCUUACAAAAUGGACAAGAUCUUAAUUCCUUUUCUUCUGACUUUCAUUGUUCUCCUUAAAAAUGUGGAAUCAACGUCACUUGAAGCAAACCAGUUUGAGGAACUUGUCGUUUACAUCACAUCGUUAGAGUCAAAAUUGAAUAACGUUGAGCGCAAACUUUCAGUCGUAGAAAAUCAACUUGAAGUGCAAAUAUACAUAAAUCAGAAACAAGAAAAAGAAUUGCAAACACAUAAAGCGCAAAUCGAAUCACUUAAAACAGACAAUGGGCAGUUGAAGAAGAAAGUCGAAAUGUUUGAGAAACAACAUGAGCAUAUAGAUAGGUUUCUAAAGAGGAUCCUAAACUCGGGUGUUUUUGAAACAAAGACGAACAUAACAAAAAGGCGGAUAAAAAGCGACGUUCAACAGUACAAUCGUGAAUAUAACGAUAUUUCAUCACGCUUUGUUAGUCGAGAGGGCGAACGUGUAGCAUUUUCGGCUUUCCUUAGCAAAGACCUGACUAACUUAGGACCUGGUCAUACUAUACAAUACGGGGCAACAUACAUCAACGAGGGAAAUGCAUUUAACGCACAUACCGGCAUCUUCACAGUCCCUUUUGAUGGCGUCUACCUUUUCUUCUUCUCUUGUGAGGACUACCACAACCAUCGAAUUUUCGCUGACAUCUUGGUUGACGGUCACCGGAAGUCGUUGAUUUUGGAAGGAGGAGCCACUUUACAUUCAAUGGGAUCAAACUUGGUCAUUCUAAGACUGACUCAAGGUCAAUCUGUUUGGGUGGCAAUUGACAUUAACGGCAACAACGACUCUUUGCAAAACUCCGCAACCACAUUUUCUGGUGUAUUUUUAUACUAUUAGAACACUUGCAUUUAUUGUAUCGAGUGCUAGAACAAUAAAUGCUGAAAAAUUACAAUCAAUUUUAUUGUA